CGGGGCCAGAGAUGGAUGCUGCCUGCUGCAGCUCGUGAGCUUCUGUUGAGCUGACGCUUGUUGAUGCCGCCGCAGCUCGUGCUGACAUUUCCAGACCGUCAGCUCGCACUAGUUGUUCGCGAUCACCAGCGCGUGCUUGACGGUGCGGUGAACACCGGUCCCCGCUGCUUUGGAUCCCUUCAACCACCGCGACCAUAAAUAGGACGGACACUGUCAUCCAGCGAUACCCACCGUAUACCGUCUCUGUCUCCCGGAGUAGACGGGGAGAGGGGGUCCAGUGCCGUCCGCAGCAUGAGCAUGGACCCCCUGGCCAAGCCCUGCCAGUCCCAGGCGGAGCACAACCCCAGGACCUUCAGUGGCCGACUGACCGCGCUGGAAGCGGCCGGGGAUGACAGCGAGUCCGGCUGCGGCGAAGAGGAGGCCAUGGGGGGCAGCGAUACGUUCAGUAGCCUCGUCGAAAUGGAGGUGGAGACGCUGGAGGAGAAAUUAAAGGGUCUGGCUUUUAGGAAACAGAUUUCGUAUAGGAAAGCCAUCUCGCGGUCGGGUCUCCAGCACUUGGCCCCGGUCCACAAACCCAUGCCCCCCAUCACCAACGGACCUUCCAAGGAGAUGCGCACGUCCGUCGACUGGACAGAGACUGCUGUGAACGGGGAACACCUGUGGCUGGAGACCAGUUGUUCUGGAGAGCUGUGCUACCUGGGAGAAGACACCUGUGUACUGAAGACUGCAAAGUCUGCCCCCAGGAGGAAGUGUGCAGCGUGUAAGAUUGUAGUCCACACCGCCUGCAUCGAGCAGCUCGACAAGAUUAACUUCCGCUGUAAACCAACGUUUAGAGAAGGAGGCUCUCGCUGCCUCAGAGAUAAUAUGUUGAGGCAUCACUGGGUGCACCGGCGCCGCCAAGAGGGGAAAUGCAGACAGUGUGGGAAGAGCUUCCAGCAGAAGUUCUUCCACAGUAAAGAGAUUGUGGCCAUCAGCUGCUCCUGGUGCAAACAAGCUUUCCAUAACAAGGUGACGUGUUUCCAGCUACAUCAGAUUGAGGAGCCCUGUUCUCUUGGCGCUCACGCCGGGGUCAUCGUCCCCCCCUCCUGGAUCAUCAAAGUUAGGAAGCCACAGAGCUCGUUCAAAAACUCUACAAGGAGGAAAAAACGCACAUCGUUUAAAAGAAGGACCAGCAAGAAAGGAACUGACGAGUCAAAGUGGCGCCCGUUCAUGCUGAAGCCCCUUUCCUCCCCUCUGAUGAAACCUGUUCUAGUCUUUGUCAACCCCAAGAGUGGAGGCAACCAGGGUACUAAGGUGUUACAGAUGUUUAUGUGGAUCCUAAACCCUCGCCAGGUGUUUGAUCUCUCCCAGGGAGGGCUCAGAGAGGCGUUGGAGUUGUACAGGAAAGUGCCAAACCUGCGUAUCCUGGCCUGUGGAGGAGACGGGACGGUGGGGUGGAUCCUGUCUGCUCUGGAUGAGUUAGGAAUGACCCCUCAUCCGCCUGUAGCUGUACUUCCUCUGGGGACAGGAAAUGACCUCGCCAGGACCCUCAACUGGGGAGGGGGUUAUACAGACGAGCCGGUUUCCAAGGUACUGUGUCAGGUGGAGGACGGCUCUGUGGUGCAGCUAGACAGAUGGAACCUUCAGGUGGAGAGAAGCCCCGCCCAGCCGGAGGAGGGCACACAGAAGCUCCCACUGAACGUGUUCAACAACUACUUCAGCCUGGGCUUCGACGCCCACGUCACACUGGAGUUCCACGAAUCCAGAGAAGCCAACCCUGAGAAAUUCAACAGCCGCUUUCGCAACAAGAUGUUCUAUGCAGGGGCUGCGUUCUCUGACUUCCUCCAGAGGAGCUCCAGGGAUCUGUCUAAACAUGUCAGAGUGGUGUGUGACGGGACGGAUCUCACUCCUAAGAUCCAGGAGCAGAAGUUCCAGUGCAUCGUCUUCUUAAACAUCCCCAGGUACUGUGCAGGCACCAUGCCGUGGGGGAACACAGGAGACCACCGGGACUUUGAGCCUCAGCGCCAUGAUGACGGCUGUAUCGAAGUCAUCGGCUUCACCCUGUCCUCCCUUGCGGCACUGCAGGUAGGAGGUCAUGGUGAGAGGCUGCACCAGUGUAGAGAGGUGACUCUGACCACCUUUAAGACCAUCGCUGUACAGGUGGAUGGAGAGCCGUGUCGCUUGGCCCCAUCAACCCUCCGCAUCUCCCUACGCAACCAGGCCAACAUGGUACAGAAGAGCAAGAGACGCACCUCUGUACCCCUGCUCAAUGACAUUCAGAAAGUGUGUUCAGCAGACCCGCGUCGCCUUUCUGCUCCCCCUGACUCCUUCUCUGUCCCCCAUGCUGUCCCCGAGCGCCUGCGCCUCAGAGUCAACCGGAUCAGUCUGCAGGACUACGACAGACUACAGUUCGACAGGGAGCGACUCCGAGACAUCUCGAUCGCGGUGGGGAUUGUGGUGGUGAGAGGGGACUGUGACCUGGAGACCUGCAGACUCUACAUAGACAGGCUACAGGAGGAUCUUCAUCAGGCUCCAUCUGCUGGCCACCGAGUGCAUUACCAGGAUGAGUGUCGAGGUCUACCGCGACCUGGCUCCGCCCACAGACUGUCCCCCAACUGGAGCUUCCUGGAGUCUACGUCUGCAGACCGUUUCUACCGCAUAGACAAGGCCCAGGAGCACCUGCACUAUGUGACAGAAAUCUGCCAGGAAGAGGUGUUUAUCCUGGACCACGGUGGAGUAGCGGGGGGACCGGCCACAGGCAUGCCUGACCUGGUGGUGGAGCCCAACUCUGGGAGCCCUCUGACGUCUGAGGAACAAGCAAUGCUGAUGGCUGCCUCCUCUGGGGACCUGACUACGUUGUCGGGCAGCUUCUUUCGCGGGACCAGCCUCCUGGUGAGGGAUUCUACUGGUUGUAGUGCACUACACCUGGCCUCUCAGCACGGACACACUGAAGUGGUCCACUUCAUACUGGAGCACGGGUCAAAGGUGCUCCUGGAUUUAACCAACAGAGAAACAGGAGACACUGCCUUGCACAAAGCGGCCUCUCAGAAGCAUCACGCUGUGUGUCAUCUUCUCAUGGACUCCGGAGCUUCCCUCAUCAAGACCAACUUCAAGGGCAAGACACCAGUGGAGCAAGCUCGUAACGCGGGGGACCAAGAGCUGGCCUCCUACCUGACCAGCAAACAGCUCCCUACCACUGUCUCCCAUGAAGAUCUGGAGACUGCUGUAUGAGAGAGAGAGAGAGAGAGAGAGAGAGAGAGAGAGAGAGACAGAGAGACGGAGAGAGAGAGGAAAUAGACUACACGCAGAGUGAGGGGAAGACAGGGAGAAGAGGAUGAGAGAUGGAGGAGAGAGGUUAGCCCACCUCCAUAGAUUGACUGAGGGAUGGACAGACAGAUGGACAGUCAGGAGCGGCCUGACGCGCUUUAGACUCUCUCAUCAGCAUGACUCUGUCCUGUCCUGCACAGGAAAAUGUUUCAUCGAAAUCAUUAUUUAUUAUUGGUAUUAUUUAUUCAUUAAUUUAUUGAUUGAUUGUAAACGUAUGGGAGUGUUGGGGUAUGGAGUUGCCUGUUGUUCACUGAAUGCCAGGGUCUGGGCUAGAUUAGGAUUCAGGGGGUUCGGGGUCAGGGAUCAGAGAUGAGGGUUCACCGACACAAAGACCCUCUCUCAGUGCGUCCCUGCAGCCUUACAUACUGUACCAACGCGGUUCAACCACGGUUAAACCGCAUACUCAAUAUACGUAUUUUCCCAGAAGGCCUUUGUGUAUCAUUCAGACGUGUGCCAAAGACACACAGCACUGUGAGGCAGGGACAGCACCCAGCGCCCUCCAUACUACUACCACUGCUACACUAGGAUACCACUACUGCUAUCCCAACAACACUGCUAGGCUUGUAGCCAUCCCAAUUCUAAGCCCCCUGGAGGCCAGUGUCGGACCUGAGAUGACAGACACCUUAGGCAAACAACGAAAAGAAAGACGGGACUGAUUCUCCAUGCAGCCCCGGGGACCCAUUACACACCCAACCUAGAGCUCUACCAGAGCAGCAUGUACACACCUACAGACUGUGUGUGUGUCUGUGUGUGUGUGUGUGUGUGUGUGUGUGUGUGUGUGUGUGUGUGUGUGUGUGUGUGUGUGUGUGUGUGUGUGUCUGUGUCUGUGUCUGUGUCUGUGUGUGUGUGUGUGUGUGUGUGUGUGUGUGUGUGUGUGUGUGUGUGUGUGUGUGUCUGUGUGUGUGUGUCUGUGUGUGUGUGUCUGUGUGUGUGUGUCUGUGUGUGUGUGUGUGUCUGUGGUGUGUGUGUGUGUGUGUGUGUGUGUGUGUGUGUGUGUGUGUGUGUGGUGUGCUUGAGAGAGACUAAUUCAAAACAAACCUGAGCCAUAUUCAAUGCAAUAUGAAUGAAUGACGUUUGUGCGUUUCUCUAUUCGUGUUUACAUUACAUUAAUGUUUUAACGGUCCCUUAUGGCACCAAGGAGUGUUGAAUGUGCAAUUUCUUACCGUGCCGGUGUGUGUGUGUGUGUGUGUGGUUGUGUGUGUGUGGUUGUGUUUCUGUCAAUGUGAAGUGGGGUGGGUGGGGUGGGUUUGGUUUGGUUGACUUGAUAUGGUUAAAACACUAAAACUACUGGUAGGUAUUGUAAAAACAGCCGUGUUCAGAUGGCCGUUCUGAAAACCAAGACAGAUGUAUUACAGCACUUCACCUUGUUUUAUUUAUCCAGCGUUUAUCAGUGGUCCAACAUGACCCGGGAAAUUGAAAUGUUUUGAAGUUGUUCUGCCUCCCUCCAUCCCCCACUACCCUGCCUGGUCGUGCUGAGAGAGAUAAACCAUAGAGAUAGAUAGAGGAAUCAAAAUGUAUAUAACCCGUUUUAGCAGGGAAAUUGCCUUUACGUUUCCAACCAUUCAAUUUUAGUCAACUGGGUGAGGAUUCCUAUGGGCUGGGAGCGAUCAGCCAAUGAUCUGAACAUUGUCCUCUACUUCUUCAAAAUUGGGUUGCCUAUGGUUUGUAAAAUGGCUUUAAGAUAUAUUACCGCCAUCUAGUGGCCACAAUCCAUAAGUGACACACAAGCUUUUGUUCAGGAUUCUAGAACUGCAGGUGGUGGUAAAUCACCAAUGCAAGCUCAAUACAAAUUGAGAAGAAAAUGGAUUACUCUAACAUGGAGAUGUCCGUGCAGUCACGUAUGCCAUUAUGGCACAGAUACAAAGAUGAGUCCUCUGUCUAUCUCUAUGAGACAAACAUCCGUUACUUAUGAAUAGAUUGGAAAUGAUUUUGUGUUCUUUAUUAUUCAACAAUUGUUGUGCAUGGCAUUUGUCUUACCUCCUUGGAAGUUGCUACUCCAUAAUAAUGGUAUCACAAACUGGCAUUAUUAUUAUUAUUAUGUUAUUAUAAUUAUUAAGAUUUGAAUUGUUUUAUACCUAAGUAAUAUGGGUAAGGUUUGAAAUGUGUAAUGGUUCUACAUUUGGUUUUGUAUUUUUCAGACCAUGGGAUUACUUGAAUGUUGUUGUUUAUUUUGUAUUCUCUAAAAGUCGUAUAGUGCUGCCUCUGACAACAUUUCCUGUGUUUUGAUUGGUCAUUGACGUGACGUCACGGUGAGGUCACAGUGACGAGGGCCUGUGAGGAGAGUCUCUUUAAGCCUCCCAACCUUCAUAGUGUCUGUGGAGAUGAAUUUGAACACUGGCGUGGUUGAAUAUCAAGGCUGCCUGCCCCUAACCCUAGGGAAUACCCUUAGAGAGUAGAAUAGAUGGAGAACGUAGUGGGAAUGAUGUAUAUUCAGUCUACUCAGAGACUUUAUCAGUAGUCAGUCAGUCUCCGCAGUGUGCCUGUUAGAUAACCUGUAAUUAUAAUGAUUCAGACCGGUGUCUAUGUCAAAUACUGGAGGUGUGCUUUGCUUGUCUGGUACAAUGGAACCAAUAGAAUAGUAGCAAAAGUGCAAACUCCACCCAACCUGCAUGCUAGUCAAGCUAAAUGAAGUGCACCUCAAGUAUUUAACGUAUCGGACCUAGGUCUGACCUUUACCCUCUUAUAACCCAGUAAUACCCAGUACUACAGGGCAUUGAUAAGGCCCGUACAGACAUGGAGGACAAUAGAUACUGGUCAUACUGGGUACUACUACUUCUAGAUUUCUUUAGCUUCUUUUGAGUUUACACUGAUUUCUCUCAAUCCCCAUCCCCCCUCCCCCCCAGGUAUUACAAGAACUUUCUGAAAUAAUCUGACCUCAAACCAAAAACACUCUUCUCCCACAGAUAUCUUCCAACAGGGACUUAUAAAAGUUUUGAAUCCAACAUUCACUGUUGUUCACUGUUAAAUGUCCUGCAAAUUGUUUUGGGAAAUUAAUUGACAAUUGAGAGGCAUAGAAAGCAUGCCGGGUUGUACAAUUGUAACAUCUGAAUAAUCGUAUCAUUUUAGAAGAUUAAAGUUUUCACUGAAACAUC